UCCCAGUACUUCUCGGUCAAUGUGAACACCGGCGUUAUAAUGGUCAGCGAGCGGAUAGACCGGGAGCAGCUCUGCGGGCAGAACCCCCGUUGCUUCCUCCACCUGAAGCUUGCCAUCGAGAACCCAGUGGAGUUUUACCGCAUCGAGGUGGAGAUCCUGGAUAUCAAUGACAACCCCCCAGAGUUCCCCAGCGACGAGGUUUCCUUGCGCAUCUACGAGCUGGCAUCCCUGGGUGCCCGCUUCCCCAUUCAGCCUGCCCAGGACCCUGACGUGGGCACCAACACCUUGCAGACCUAUCACCUGAGUGCCAACGAGAACUUCAACCUCAACGUGAAGGCGCGCACAGAUGGUGGGAAGUUCCCUGAGCUGGUGCUGGAGAGGGCCCUGGACCGGGAACUCAGAGCUUUCCACCACCUGGUCCUGACCGCAGAAGAUGGGGGCUCUCCCCCCAAGUCCAGCAAGACACGCAUCACUAUUCAUGUCCUGGAUGCCAAUGACAACCACCCGGUCUUUGACAGACCAUCAUACGGAGCCCGCUUGGUGGAGAACUCGCCGCUGGGCACCCUCGUGGUGAAGUUAAAUGCCACCGAUGUGGACGAAGGGCCCAACGGAGACAUCCGCUACUCCCUCAGCAGCCACAACUCAGCUGCUUUACGCCAGAUCUUUGCCAUCGAUGAGCAAACCGGGGAGAUUCGCGUUCAGGGCGACCUGGACUUCGAGGAAGCGACGGUGUAUGAGAUCGAAGUAGAGGCCAAGGACAUGGGAUCGCCCACGAUGGAGGAGCACUGCAGCGUGGUGGUGGAAAUCACUGAUGUGAACGACAACGCCCCCGAGGUCAUUCUUACCUCCUUCUCCAGCUCCCUGAGUGAGGACGCACCCCCGGGCACAGUGGUGGCUGUGAUACACGUCAGAGACAGGGACUCUGGUGAGCAGGGCAAAGUCCAGUGUCACGUGUCUCCAGAUCUUCCCUUCCAGCUGCGAAAGGACUAUGAGCACCAGUACUCGCUGCUAACCAGCACCAGUUUGGACCGGGAGCACAUUGCCUAUUACAAUGUCACCAUCUCUGCCUCGGACCUGGGCAGUCCCCCGCUCUCCCGCCACACUAUCUUGCCAAUCUCUCUUGCAGAUGUCAACGACAACGCGCCCCAGUUUGAGCAAGCGUUCUACGAAGUGCUGGUGGCAGAAAACAACCCUGUGGGCAGCGUGCUGGUUACAGUCUCUGCUGCCGACCCUGACUCGGAGCAGAAUUCCCGCCUCUCCUACUCCAUCCUGCGAGCUGGUGGGACAGAUCCAGGCCUGGAUCCGACUCGCUACCUCUCCAUACAUCCCACAAGUGGGCAGGUCUCUGCCAAACUCCCCUUUGACUAUGAGCAAACCACCUAUCUCCAGUUCCACGUGGAGGUCUCUGAUGGUGGCUCCCCGGCCCUGAGGAACAGGACGCUGGUUCACAUUUUUAUAGUGGACCAGAAUGACAAUGCCCCGCAGGUGCAUUUCCCCAGGGCCGGGGAGGACUCCGCUACCCAGUUGCGAAUCUCCCCCUCUACUGCCCCUUCUUCUCUCAUCACGAAGGUGGUGGCAAUAGACGCGGACUCGGGGCGCAACGCCUGGCUCUCCUACCACCUCGUGGAAGCCACAGACCCG